UAUAGUGUGUGGUCGAUUUAAGUGAUGUAUUUUCUAGAUAUCGGAACCAUCUAUUGUCUUGUCUAAUUGCCGUUAUCACGCACAGGAUGCAGCUAAUUAUAUCGCUUUCAAUGAAUCCGGAAUUGAGAAAUCUUGAAUUCACAUGUAUUGUGUCAUUGACUCAUUGGAGAUGAUAUAUUUUCGUACGUCUUUGGCGUUCGUUCAAUUAACCGCAGCUGUGAUAGUUGUUUACUAACUCAUACUCAACGUGAAAAGCAGCUCUGUAAAUGUGAGCCCUCGCUUGUAUCAAUUUGUCUUUACACUCUCUCUGCAUGAUAGUGUAAUUGGUCCGUUUAAAGUUCCUUUUCUUACAAGCUCUGACAGUAGAUUGGAAAGCGUGUUCACGGUCAUAACUCAAAAAAACAUUUCAAAAUAACUGGCAUAAGACUAAAACGACGAUGAUUUUAGUUCUGCUGUCGAUGGUGUUUUUCUUCUCCACCGUUGAAGGUGAAAAUAUAUGUAAUCUACGUGACACUACCAGCCAAUCAGGGGAUGUAUGGUCUCCAAACUUCCCUAACAACUACCCAACAUUACAAAGAUGUUCUUUUGUCAUCUCUGUACCGUUUGGAAAGUCCGUAGUCAUUUCAUUUAAGGCCAUGGAUCUCGAAAAUGAAGAAGAUGAAAAUUCGUGCUAUGAUGUGGUCGAGAUUGAAGAUCUGAUCAGCGGUGAUAAACUUGCGCGCUGUGGUAGCACUAUACCUAGUGACAUUACAACGAAGGGCAAUCAAGUGCGAAUAUCUUUCACUUCUGAUUUUUCUGAUGCAGGCAACAGGAAACCAACUGGAUUUAGGCUCACGUACAGUACAAUAUCAAAUAUUCGAGGUGAAAGUGUUUGUCCUGGGCGCGAGUUUACUACCAAUAAGGAAGGUGGUUACGUCAUGUCACCCAACUAUCCACUGAACUAUGGAAACAACAUCAACUGCAUCUUCUCUCUGCUCGUUCCACAAGGCAAGAAGACACACAUUGAAUUCGAGGAAAUGAAUAUUGAAUUCGACAACCGCUGUGCAAAUGAUCGCCUAAACAUUUCAUCCGAUGCCGGCCAGACAAGAGUCAUUUGCGGCGAGGGUAAGCCACGAAGUAGCGUGUUCCAUGGCUCAAAAGUCAACUUUCACUUUUUGACGAACGGGCAGAACACCAAGAAGGGUUUCUUGAUUAAAUAUUACUUUACAAAAGACGAAAUCUAUGCAAUAGAUUGUGUAUGUCCAGUUGGUAGUUCUUUCAUCAGAGUCGACCUCACAAAGAAGAAACUAAUUCGACAUACGGACGACAUUCGUUUUGAAUUCAAGACUCGUCAACCAAGCUCCCUCUUACUGCAUGCGAUGGGUAAACACCGUGAUUUCCUUCGAGUCAAACUGAUUCGAGGGCAGCUAAAGUUUAGCGUUGACCUUGGAACAGGUAAAGGAACAAUAACAGUACCUUCUCCUGCACUAAAUGAUAACCGUUGGCACUAUGUUGAGAUAACUAGAACUGGAAGACGUGUAAAAGUUAACGUAGAUCGACAAGUAGCAGGUAUCGUAGAAACUCCAGGCAUCUUCACUAAACUCGAUCUACGAGCUCCAAAUGCGUACAUGUACGUAGCCGGAAGCGCAAAUCGAAAUCAUGGCUCCAACUUUGUCGGCUGCCUCAAGAACUUUAUCAUAGAUAACAACAGACCGAUUGUCGAUGCCCUACGUGGAGAUCCAGCGCACGCAAUUUUUUUCAAUCCAUUCCCAAAAUGCCCUAUGUUUUAAACAUAUUACCGCAGUAAGCAGAAGAUAACAUAGACACAGUUUCUGGGAAAAAUCUUAAAUUCGUAGUUUAGCUAUACGAAACUAACUUAUAACUUGUACUGAGUACUUCCCAGAAGAGAUGACUAUGCGUUUGACAGAGAUUUCAGGUCGUGAAAUCACUGUGAAGUAUUUCCGUUUUCUUCAAUCAACUUUUUUAAAACUACUGUCAUAUUUCACUUUCCUAGAUUUCGUAAAUGAACUCUUUUAGAUUUUUUAGAUUGCAGUUGCUAUUUAUUUCGUAUAACUUUUGAUCAGGCAUGGACAGCUCAACUACAGUUUUAGACGAUUUGUGUAUCAUUAUGAUUGUAAUAUAUUUUUUCAAAAUACAACAGAAAAACUAAAGUUUCCAAAA